GGGGAAAAGUGGGUCGUCAUGCCAUCCGAUCCGUGUCAACACAUGCCCAGCUGACCCUCAUUCCAAAACAGAUCAGCAGCGUUCAGCAGCAAUGACUGACUUUCUGGAGGAGCGGCCAUUCGGCUCGCGGUACACCAACGUCUAUCUGUCCAUCUUCGCCCUGUUCUGCUUCAAGCUCUUCGUCAAGAUCAGCCUGAACAUCCUCACACAUUUCUAUGUGGUCAAGGGGAACCGGAAGGAGGCAGCGCGCAUCGCCGCAGAGUUCUACGAUUUCGGCCAAGGGCACAGCUCAUGGGCGGACCGAUCUCCACUCCAUGAAGCUGCAAGCCAGGGACGCCUUCUGGCCCUGAAGACCCUGCUCUCACAGGGCUACAAUGCAAACCUCGUCACCAUCGAUCAUGUGACUCCAUUGCACGAGGCGUGUCUGGGCGAUCAUGUGGCAUGUGCCAGAGCACUCAUCGAGGCUGGAGCUAAUGUGAAUGCGACCACCAUCGAUGGCAUCACCCCUCUGUUUAAUGCCUGUUCUGCGGGCAGUUCCACCUGUACAGAGGUUCUGCUGGAGCACGGCGCCACCCCACAGCCUGAGCCGUGCCAACCUUCACCCAUCCACGAGGCCAGCAGCAAAGGAAGGACGGCGUGUGUGGAGGCUCUCAUAUCAUGGGGGGCAGAUGUGGAUUACGACAUUCCUCACUUGGGAACGCCACUUUACAUCGCCUGCGCAUCCCGAGAGCUACAGUGCACACAGAAACUUCUAGAUGGAGGUGCUAACGUACAGAAGGGGCGUUUCCUGGACACUCCGCUUCACGCUGCUGCUCAGAAAGACUGUCCCGAGAUCGUCAAAGUGCUCCUGGAGUUCGGCGCCAACAUCAACGCUCGAAACCUGGAGCUGCAGCGAGCGGUGGAGACAGCGCCCCCUAGCAGCCUGGCAGAGUGCAUGUUACUGCACUACGAAGUUACUCCGCGCUCUCUGAGUGAGCUGUGCAGGUUAUGCAUCAGAGAGUAUCUGGGACGCACGAGGCUUCAUCUCAUCCCUCAGCUCAGACUUCCACCCCUGCUCCACAGAUUCCUGCAGCACAGAUAGACACCUGUCUCUCUCUCGCUCUGUCUCCACCUAUCUCCCUGUCCACCCUCCACCUGUCCACUUUGCCUCUGUGUAUGUUUGUCUCCCUGUUUACUUAUAUUACUCUACACCCGUCUCUCUCUCUCUCUCUCUCUCUCUACCUGUCUCAAUGUGUCUUUCUCUCCACCUGUGCCUCUCUUCACCUGUCUCCACCUCUUUUACACCACCCCUCAUCUGUCUCUCUCUCUCUCUACCUGACAUUCUCUCCUUCUGUCUCUCUGUCUCUACCUGACGAUCUCUCCACCCACCUGUCUGUCUCUACCUGACGCUCUCUCCACCUCUCUCUCUCUCUCUCUCUACCUGACGCUCUCUCCACCCGCCUCUCUGUCUCUACCUGACGCUCUUUUCACCCGUCUCUCUCUCUCUCUACCUGACGCUCUUUUCACCCGUCUCUCUCUCUCUCUCUCUACCUGACGCUCUCUUCACCCGUCUCUCUCUCUACCUGACGCUCUCCCCACCCACCUCUCUCUCUCUACCUGACACUCUUUUCACCCGUCUCUCUCUCUCUACCUGACACUCUUUUCACCCGUCUCUCUCUCUCUACCUGACGCUCUCUCCACCCGCCUCUCUGUCUCUACCUGAUGCUCUUUUCACCCGUCUCUCUCUCUCUGAUGCUCUCUCCACCCGCCUCUCUGUCUCUACCUGACGCUCUUUUCACCCGUCUCUCUCUCUCUCUACCUGACGCUCUCUCCACCCGCCUCUCUGUCUCUACCUGACGCUCUUUUCACCCGUCUCUCUCUCUCUCUACCUGACGCUCUCUCCACCCGCCUCUCUGUCUCUACCUGAUGCUCUUUUCACCCGUCUCUCUCUCUCUACCUGACGCUCUCUCCACCCGCCUCUCUCUCUACUUGACACUCUUUUCACCCGUCUCUCUCUCUCUCUCUACCUGACACCCUCUCCACCUGCCUCUCUGUCUCUACCUGACUCUCUCUCUACCUGACACUCUUUUCACCCGUCUCUCUCUCUCUACCUGACGCUCUCUCCACCCGCCUCUCUGUCUCUACCUGACUCUCUCUCUACCUGACGCUCUUUUCACCUGUCUCUCUCUCUCUCUACCUGACGCUCUCUCCACCUGCCUGUCUGUCUCUACCUGUCUCUCUCUCUACCUGACACUCUUUUCACCCAUCUCUCUCUCUCUCUACCUGACAGUCUUUUCACCUGUCUCUCUCUCUCUCUCUCUCUCUCUCCCUGAUGCUCUCUCCACUCAUCUCUUUGUCUCUACCUGACACUCUCUCCACCUGUCUCUCUGCCUCUACCUGUCUUUCUCUCCCUACCUGACACUCUCUUCACGUGCCUCACCAUCCUGUUCCUGUCUUUCUCUUACUACACUUGUCUCUCUUUCCACCUGUCUCUGCUUCUCUGCCUGUCUGUCUCUCUUUCUCUAUAUCUCUGUCAUUUUCUCUCUCUUUUCUGUAUUUGUGUCCUUUAUUUUGUCUCUCAAGUGCAUUUAUUAUCUUCUUUAUAACACAAAAUAAUUAAUUGCUUGCUCUUGAUUUUAAACGUCUGUAAAAAUAAUUAGAAUUUUGUUUAUUGUGUCAAAAUCCACAAUUUUUACUCUGUGUUUUCAGUAGGAAGUGUCUCACACCACGUUCACACUUGCGAGUGAAAAAGCGACCGUUUACACUUUUUUGCUCUCUUUUAUGCAGAUUUGUCUGAAAUGAUGACGUGUAAGACGUUGUACUGCGUAUUUUACAUUAUUCUAGAAUUUUAUACUGAGUGCUUACGUGUACUGAGUCCAUAACCUUUACAAGGUGACACUGAUUUUUCAUCAUUUAUAUUUUUCUUUCUUUUCAUUCUUGUCGUUUAAAAGCUGGAAAGUUUUCAGUCAGCCCUUUUGAUAACAUCAGCGACUCCUUUGCUCCGAAUGUGAACGUGGUGUAAGAUCAGAAAUGUCAAAACGACAAACAGAGUUAUCUGUCCUUCUGUUCAUUCAGGCAGGUAAUUAAAUGUGAAUGUCAUUCGUGGAAAUGCCAAACUCUUCUCUCAUCUCACACUGUUUGAUGGUUCUGGUGGCGGUGGUGGUGUGUUCAACCUGCCGAGUGUGUAUCAUAAUCACAAUUGUACGGUGUUUUACUGAAAUCUCAGCAUGUCAACAAAUAA